AUGUCUGAGAGAGGCGUCGUUGCGGAUGCCCCAUCCGUCAAUGCGAACGAGCAAUUGGCUCGUCUCGGCUAUCAGAAUGAGCUGCCCAGAAGACUUAGUAUGUUCUCUGUCAUGGGACUUUCAUUCGCUAUAAUGGCAGUUCCAUACGGACUGAGCACCACAUUCCUUGUCUCCUUGGUCAAUGGCCAAUCUGUCACGAUCUUGUGGGGUUGGGUGCUAGUCACAUUGAUAUCCAUCGCCAUCGCGCUGUCUCUGGCCGAAAUCUGCUCCGUAUAUCCAACAGCUGGCGGGGUCUACUUUUGGGCUGCCCUACUAUCGUCAAAGAAGUGGGCCCCGAUCUGCAGCUGGGUUACCGGCUGGCUCACGCUUGUGGGAAACUGGACUGUCACGCUAUCGAUUAACUUCGGCGGGGCCCAAUUAAUUCUUAGCGCCAUCUCUCUCUGGAAUGAAGACUUUUCGGCCAAUGCAUGGCAGACAGUCUUGUGCUUCUGGUGCGUAACGCUCGUGUGUUAUUUAGUCAAUAUCUUUGGCGCCAAGUACUUGGACAAGAUCAACACGAUCUGUGUGUAUUGGACCGGAUGCUCGAUAAUCAUAAUCAUGAUUGUCGUUCUCACUAUGGCGCCAUCAAGGCACGAUGCUGAGUAUGUUUUUGCCCAUUAUGAUUCGUCGCAAUCUGGGUGGCCCACAGGUUGGAGCUUUUUCGUCGGACUGAUGCAACCAGCAUACGUGCUGACGGGGUACGGCAUGGUGGCUGCCAUGUGCGAAGAGGUCCAGAACCCUGAGCGAGAAGUUCCCAAGGCUAUCGUGUUGUCGGUCGUGGCAGCUGGUGUGACUGGUCUUGUAUAUUUGAUUCCUAUUCUCUUUGUGCUACCUGAUGUCGACGCUCUUCUGAAUGUUACGAGUGGCCAGCCAAUCGGAUUAAUAUUCAAGCAUGCUACCGGCAGCGCAGGUGGCGGCUUUGGACUGCUGUUUCUCAUCUUGGGGAUCUGGUUCUUUGCUGGUAUUGGCGCUCUGACGGCGUCUAGUCGGUGCACUUACGCAUUCGCGCGAGACGGUGCGAUCCCAUGGUCAAAGUACUGGUCUCGAAUUGAUAAACGCUUCGAUAUGCCAAUUCUUGCCCUCACGCUGUCGGCCGUCAUUGACGCACUGCUGGGGCUCAUUUACUUUGGUUCUGAAGCGGCAUUUAACAGCUUCACAGGCGUGGCUACCAUUUCUUUGUCGGCUUCGUAUGCCUUCCCGAUUCUGGUUUCGUUAAUAAACAGGCGCCGUAAAGUCUUGGGUGCACGAUUCUCGCUCGGACGGAUGGGUUUCUUUGUAAAUACAGUGACGAUCUGCUGGAUUGUGCUGGCUGUGUUCCUCUUGUCCAUGCCGACGUCCCUCAAGGACCUAGACGAAUCGUCUAUGAAUUACGCGAGCGUGGUCUUCGCCGGAUUUGCUGCUAUUAGCUUUCUUUGGUAUCUGCUAUGGGGUCACAAGCAUUUCCAAGGGCCGCCCAUCCUCCUUACAGAUGUUCCCUCGCUCGCGAUUGGCGUCCACAAGGAUGGCUUGGACGAUGUCGAGAAGGCCGAGUACCGUGAGAAACAAGAGACCACGGUCACAGACUUUCGACAGGACGAAUGGCAAAGUUGA